AUGUUUCGCACACUCCAUGCGUCAGUGAGCAUCAUUUUCCUUGCAUUCUUUGUGGCCUCUAUGCUCAAUCUAGGCUACUGUCGAGGAAAAAUUAGUUACAUCAACCGAUGCAACCUACCGAUUAGUUCUGGUCGAUGUCGAGGCUACUUUCUGCGAUAUGGCUAUGAUUCCGAAACGGAUGAAUGCCGUCGGUUCGUUUAUGGUGGAUGUCGCGGCAACAGAAAUAACUUCUUCACCUACAAGGAAUGCAUGAAAAGAUGUUAUCUGAGGUUUAAAUAA